AGUGUACGUCGGAUACUUUUUCUCUUCCGUGCCACUCUUUGCGUCCUCUGUGUGGUUCCUUAUUGUCUCUGUUAGAGAAGUGUUCAGUGCCGUGCGUGUGCGUAUUCGCACUGCCUCUACUACUCUGCUUGCUCAAGUGCCGACUUGGCCACGCCGCAUGCGCUGCAUUCGUUCGCCAUUGUGUUUGCCCGUUUCUUUUUUCUUCAUUCAUAACGGAGAAGAGCACCAUCACUAGUUAUGAGUUCUUGGCUGUCUGCUGAAAACUUUCUGUACAGCCGCACCGCGACGUGGUGCCGUUACGGUCUUGCUGCUUUUGCGGUCUGUGGGGUGGGCAGCGACUACUACCUGACCCACUACUACCGAGCCUUUGACCCCCAAGACGGUCAACGAUACGUGAUUGAUUGGAGCCCGAUUGGGAAGCCGCGGUGUCAAAUGCUGCUCAUUCCGAAUAGCCACUACACCAACUACAGUCCGUGGACGCCGCGGAACGGCGACGUGGUGGUGGCCCGCGCGGUGGAGGACGAGCCAAAUUACCUGCAGCUGCUAAAUGGACGCUUUGUGGAGCGGCAGACGUGUGGCGUGCCUCUCAUGCGGCCCCUCGACGAGGUGGAGGCGGAGGCGGAGCGCGGAAAGAAACAGAAGGAGGCACUGCUCUCCUACCUGACGGCAAAAUCGCCCACCGCCUCGGCGUAA